AUGGAAAGGUCUCUGGAAUUGGCCAAUGUGUCCAGAGUCCAGGAGUUUAUCCUACUAGGUUUGUCUUCCAGCCAAGAUGUAAGGAUUGGCCUAUUUGCCGUCUUUAUGACCCUCUACCUACUGAUCCUCCUGGAGAACACGCUCAUCAUCUACCUCAUCUGCAGUCACCGGGAGCUUCAAAAACCCAUGUACUUCUUCCUGGGCAACCUGAGCUGCCUAGAGAUGUGCUAUGUGUCAGUGACCAUGCCCAGCCUGCUAGUGGGACUGAGAUCGAGUCUGCACCAUGUGUCCUUCACAGCCUGCAUAAUUCAGGUUUUUUUAUUUGUGUCUCUCAUUGGUACCAAGUGCACUCUCCUGUCCUCCAUGGCCUAUGACCGCUAUGUGGCCAUCUGCCUUCCACUGCACUACCCACUGCUCAUGAGACCCCAGGUCUGCCUGGGCUUGGCCAUGUCCUCAUGGCUUGGUGGGCCGCUAGUCUCAGUGGUUAAGACAUCAUGCAUUGCCAGCCUGUCCUACUGUGGCCCCAAUGUCCUCAAUCACUUCUUCUGUGAUGUCUCCCCUCUGCUCAACCUGUCCUGCACCCAUGUGGCCCUGACAGAGCUGGUGGAUUUCAUCUCUGCUAUCUUCAUCUUCUGUGGGUCAUUACUAAUUGCUCUGGCCUCCUAUGUGGCCAUUGGGAGGGCUGUGUUUCGCAUGCUUUCAGCUACUGCUCGCUGUAAAGCCCUCUCCACAUGCGCCUCCCAUCUGAUUGUGAUGGGCAUCUUCUACUCAGUGGUCCUCUUCAUAUAUUCCCGACCCAGCCGCAUUGAAUCCACAGACCUCAACAAGAUGCUGUCAGUCAUCUACACGGUGGCCACGCCCACAUGCAGCCCGAUCAUCUACUGCCUGCGGAACAAGGAGGUGCACGCAGCCUUGUGGAAAACCCUCCAUCUGCGCUGAGUCUCUUCAGCAAUGCAGUUUUCUGUUCCUGAUUUUAAAACUUUCAUGGCCACAAACACAUACACAAAUUUCAAAGGCAAAUAGAAACCUGGAGGGAAAUAUUUGCAACAUAAUGUUUAAAACUUUUUUUAAAAUAAAUGAGAAAAAUAUCACUACUCCAAGAGAAAAACAUAAGGGAAAUGGUCAUGAACAGGAAGGUUAUUGAAGGAAAUAUGUAAGUGGCUGAUAACCUGCAAAAAGAUGCGCAUCUCUCGAGUUACCCAAGAAAUGCAAAUUUAAUCAGAAGACAGAAAUUUACUC